AUGCUCGGAAACCUGACGGAGCCUCACCGCCCCAGCGGGGCAUCAUCGGCCGGUCCCUCGUCCUCCACCAGUAUGGGACCGGCCUCCACCAGUAUCAUACCUGCAGAGAUCCCACAACCAUUCCUCGUUGCUGUCCUCGGCAGACCAGGCGCCGUCACCACCUUCGUGCUUCCACCGACAAGCACCACGGUCGCUGACUUGGCCCAGCUCGCCGCAGACGACCACGACCUCUUCCCACCAACCGCUGCAGAGACCGAGACGCAGAACAAUGACCAGAGCAGCACACGGAGCCUCAGUCGACACUCCAGCUCGUCAUCUAGGUCGUCUACGAGUAGAGUGCAUCCGGACGUGCUGAGGUUCUACGAUGUACGCGCCGAAAACUUAAUGGCCCGUGAUCCACGGUUAGCGGACUCAGAGCACGGCCCGGACAGCGCCACUGAGGUUGAACAGGAAGAUGAAGAGUCGCACCUAAUGCAGUUGUUUGCGUCAGCGGUGCGAAUGCGGCCUACCGCAACGCUGCAUGACGCUCUACCGCAGUUUUGUAAACGCGAUCUCGAUGGAAGGGUGCACGUACUGAUUGUGCAGCCCUAUGAGCCCCGUCCGCGCCGGGCUGGUGCAGCUGCGGUUCAGAAUGCGGACGGGAGCAUCGAGAUGCAGACUCUGGGUGGACGCAAUGGAGAUCUCGAGGCUGCGGAGGAGGUGCGACAUAUCGAUCCGCCACCCGCUUAUCGGGCGCGGCCGCUCAAGUCAAUCACCAUCCCGCCGCUGACCAAGAAAAGGAAGAUAUAUCUGAGUGUCGGGGCGCUGUUGAUCGCCGGUAUUGUGGCGGGGGUCUUGCUUUACCUCAAAUUCCGCCCGCCGGUCCCGGGCACCGUCGUCCGUGUGUUUGAAGAGAACCCGAACACGGCAUGGACGCAACUCUUGCGGACCGGGUCCUCGGCCAACAAUACCGUGCCGCCUACCCUGUGGGCCCUGGGGAACGUGCAGUCUAUGGGGAGGCUUAUUCCGAGUCUUGACGGCCCGACCGUUUGGCUCGAUGGUGGAUGGGAGGAUACGUCCCUAUACGAGGAGUACCGAGUCGUAUCCAUUGCUCCUUACCCCGACACCGACAAUUUUGAACGCAUCUAUGCCACGCGAGUCGUCGACGCCAUAUCCACCCUUAGCUACUUCACAGUGGACGGCACCCACCGCAACACCGAUAGUGGAGACGUAGCACCACCGCUAAUGAUACCGGCACCUUAUCCGAUCAAACCCGUCCCUCUCCCGUUUCCUGCCAAAAUCAUCGGUGUUGACGGGGUAAACCACCGCCUGUUCCUGAUUAGAGAAACUACCGAUUCCCAUCUCUUCGACGGUCGUGAUAAAUACAACGUACUCGUCUACGACACGAAGGAGGACAAGCUGCUCUUUACUCUCGAACUUUACAAACCGGACGCGAACCCUGAGCACGGGAAUAAUCCACAGCAAGUCGUGAUGGACGCGUCGGGCACCCGCCUGAGCCUGCUAUAUUCCCAGCAGUUCGUACAGUACGAGAUUCCGCCGAUUGUUCCCCAAACUCUUUAUCGAAACAGCAGCAGCCUCAUUCCGAUCUCGGCCUUCUCUAACGUCACGAUCCCGGGAUUCCCGGUUGUUGAUGGUCUCGGGUUUGCGGUUGUUGAUGGUCUCGGGUUUGCACGGCACCCAGGCAAUCACAAAGAUGGGAAAGUGCUCGUUAGGAACGAUACUGGUGUCUUCGCUGCCGAAUUCAACACUCGCGAGUGGCGUACCGUCGUCAGGGAUUAUAUCAGCAUAGGCGUUACUACCCUCUCCAUCAACGGGGGAGAGUUGUACACCGCCUCGGCCAGCAGUCCAGAUCUUCAUAUUUAUAGCUUCUAUGGGGAGGGCUUGAAGGCAAAGUAUAACACAGGAUGUGAGUGGGGCGUAGCCGACAUCGCGGUCACGGAGGAACCGGGCUAUGUUUACGUGGCGUGUAUUGCUAAAGGCGGACUGCGGAAGAUCAAGAUAUGA